AUGUCACUUUCAAGACUUGAAGUGGUCUCCAACCCUAGUGGAAUAUAUCUUAGUCAACAGAACCCAGAUUCAGAUGUUUUAGCUGGAUUAGCUGUUGCAGUUGUUAUGGAUCAAGGGAGUUUCCUAAUCGAAAUUCAAGUAGAUAACCAGAGAAUUCUUCUUCAUUCUCUUAUUCUGCUUCAGAAUUCCAAAAAAUUUCCAAAGGGCUCUGGCUUGAUAAGACUUUUGGAUGCUGGACGUGAAACUAACCAGUGGGAACAGUUAAAUUUGAAGGGAUGUUCUAGUCCACGUUCUGGUCAUCGUAUGGUAUUAUACAAACACAAGAUUAUAAUUUUUGGUGGCUUCUAUGACACUCUACGUGAAGUAAGGUAUUACAAUGAUCUCUAUGUGUUUGACCUGGACCAAUACAAGUGGCAAGAAAUAAAACCUAAGCCUGGUGCCACGUGGCCUACAGCUAGAAGCGGCUUCCAGUUUUUUGUUUAUCAAGAUGAGAUAUACUUAUAUGGUGGUUAUUCAAAAGAAGUCUCAUCCGAGAAGAGCUCUGAGAAAGGAAUUGUUCAUGCAGAUUUGUGGUCUUGGGAAUGGAACAAAGUGAAGAAAAUUGGGAUGCCUCCUAGCUCCCGUGCUGGAUUUUCGGUAUGUGUCCACAAAAAGCGUGCUUUGCUGUUUGGGGGUGUCGUGGACAUGGAAAUGGAAGGUGAUGUAAUGAUGAGUUUAUUCUUAAAUGAACUCUAUGGCUUCCAGUUAGAUAAUCGUCGCUGGUACCCAAUAGAGUUACGAAAAGAAAAAUCAUCAAAAGAUAAGGCAAAGAAGAGUAUAGAGGCAAAACCUGUGGCAUCUAAUAAUGAUGAUGAGAUGGAUUCAGCAGAAGAAGAUGAAUCAUCGGCCAUGAUUGAGCAAAGCGAUGGAGUAGGCUCAUCGGCCAUGAUUGUGCAAAGCGAUGGAGUAGGCUCCUCGGAUGUGAUAUCUGAACGUAUGGCAGCAGGUCUAACUGUUGAUGGAAAUAGAUCUAAUGCUGAGUCUGAUAAAAGUAAGGGUCUACAGAAAGCAAAAGCUAGACUAGAUCCUCAAGUUUCAGUCUCAGAGGAGGUUGUAAAACCAUGUGGACGUAUCAAUUCUUGUAUGGUCGUUGGGAAGGAUACCUUAUACAUAUAUGGUGGUAUGAUGGAGAUAAAAGAUAAAGAAGUUACUCUUGAUGAUUUGUAUUCACUCAAUCUUAGCAAACUUGACGAGUGGAAGUGUAUCAUACCGGCGACUGAAACUGAGUGGGUGGAAGUCUCAGAUGACGAAGAAGGGGACGAAGACGAGGAUGAAGAUGAUAGUGAAGAUGAAGGAAACAGUGAAGAGUCUGAUGAUGAAGAGGAUUUCUAUAAGCGCACAAAUAUGUACUGGCAAAUGGCUACCUAUGAGCAUACCCAACAUACCGGCAAGGAGCUCCGGAAGGAUGGUUUUGAUCUAGCGGAAUCUCGGUAUCUGGAACUCAAACCAAUUCUAGAUGAGUUGGCAAUACUUGAGGCAGAGCAAAAAGCUGAAGAAGCAGAAGGACCUGAGGCUAGUAGUAGCUCUAGAAAGGGAGGCGGCAUUGCAAAGAAGAAGAGAUGAGGUUAUUAACAGCCUCAGCAGUUAUCGCUUUUUUACAGUCAAACAUCAGUUUUGAAUAGACUCAUCUUAAUGAGGCCACAAGUCUGUAACAUUUGUCAAAA